CGCUGCCUUACUGCACAAACCUACAGGUCAGCUAUGAAUCUCACUCAACAGGACCAAAAGCUUGACAUUGUGUUAAGAAACCAGGGCGUCACAGACUCAAACUUCGAAAUUUCAGAUGUCAGCCAUGACACUGAGAAGACCGUCAUUGCUGACCCCCGUGCCGAGAGUCUGGAAGAGGGUCUGGACUCGAGGCCUGAAGGCAACCUUAUCUACUCCAUCAACGAUCGCCCACCCUGGUACCUCUGCAUUCUUCUGGGUUUCCAGCAUUACAUACUGGCAUUUGGUGGCAUCCUGGCAAUUCCUCUCAUCCUAGCCGAGCCGUUGUGCAUCAAAGAGAACAACGCUGCCAAAAGUCAGCUCAUCUCCACCAUCUUCUUUGUCUCGGGCAUGUGCACUUUGCUACAGACCACCCUCGGGACCAGGUUGCCGAUCCUCCAAGGAGGGACGUUCACCUUCAUCACUCCGACUUUAGCUAUCCUCGCCCUUCCCAAGUGGAGAUGCCCAGACACAGGUGCCACCCCUCACCCUAAUGCCACAGAUUCUGCAGCGCUCUUAGUGGAUGAUGAUGAGGUGUGGAAAGUCCGCAUCCGUGAGAUCCAGGGGGCCAUUCUAAUGGCCUCAAUGCUUCAGCUUGUUCUGGGCCUGUCGGGUCUCGUGGGGCUAGUGUUGAGGUUCAUCGGGCCGCUGGCCAUCGCUCCCACCAUCAGCCUCAUAGGACUGUCGCUCUUCAUCCAGGCUGGCCAGAAGUCAGGAGCCCACUGGGGAAUUGCUGCUUUAACUGUUUGCCUGAUCCUUCUCUUCUCCCAGUAUUUGAGCAAAGUAAACCUUCCUCUCAUUGCUUAUAAGGACAAGAAGUGGAAAGUCUUCCAGUACCCUCUCUUCAAACUCUUUUCUGCUUUAUUUGGGAUGUGUGGAGCCUGGCUGGUGUGCUUCCUGCUGACAUAUUUCAAUGCCUUGCCCUCAUCUCCAAAUGAGUACGGCUACAUGGCCAGGACAGACAUCAAUCUUAAUGCAGUAAAAAGUGCUGCAUGGUUCUACGUGCCUUAUCCAGACCCGGUCAUCGGUGGAAUGUUUCUUGUCAUGUUUGGGAUGGUAGCAGCAGUGGGAAUUUCCAAUCUGCAGUAUGUGGAUUUGAACUCUUCCAGGAAUCUCUUGAUUCUUGGCUUCUCAACCUUCAGUGGUCUUGUGCUCCCAACCUGGUUUCACUCGAAUCCAGGCACGAUCAACACAGGCAUAAAAGAGCUGGAUCAGCUCAUAAUGAUUCUCUUCACCACCCACAUGUUCAUUGGUGGAUUCUUUGGAUUUGUUUUGGAUAACACAAUACCAGGAACAGAAAAAGAAAGGGGAAUAAAGAGCUGGAGGAAGACGGUUCAUGAAGGAUCUCAAAUACACGUCACCGAUCAUUCCUGUUACAAUCUGCCUUUCUGCACAAACUUUAUUCAGAGGUUCAAACUGCUCCACUACCUCCCGUUCCUCCCAUCAGUUAAGUCACAGGAACUGGGAACGCAUCUGUAGUGCCGGAGCUUCCUGUGGUAAGGCUUGGUUUUUGAAUGGCAUAUUGAAUGCGGGCAACACUCAGGCCUGGCUCCAGGGUUAAACUGAUCAGAAUAGCCACAAAAUUGCUGCGAUUUUCCGUGGAAAUCAUACAACCAUGGACAUUUUCAGCUCUUUUUGGAUUAUUAAAGUACAUGCUCCUCUAAAGCUCCAAUUAAACUUGAUUAUGUAACCUAUUGGU